UAUCGAAUCGUUACAGGCAAAUCGGUCGUCUGAAUUUUGAGCAAUGGCUCCUCCUGCUGCCGUUCAAAGAUCUCCACUUCCAUCUUCUCCAUCACCUCUUCAACGUCUAUCAACCUUCAAAGACAAAACUUCAUCAUCCCCACCUUCAUCUGCAUCCGCCACACCAUCAGCCUACAAUGCCACUUCCGCUGUCACAACCCUCGAUUCCUUCGCAUCCGAUCCAGUUUUCUCCUCCUUUCUCUACCCCGAUUUCGAUUCCUCCCGCUUUUCCUCAGCCGCCCUCUCUUCUGGGUUCGCCGCAGCUCGCGUCGAGAAGCUACAAGGUGGAAUACACCUCCUAGAGCAACAACUUCGAUCAGAAAUCCUCUCUCGCCAUACUGAUCUUCUUUCUCAACUUUCCUCUCUCAAAGAUGCCGAUUCAUCCCUCGCCGCUAUUAGAUCUUCCGUCUCCACGUUGCAAUCAUCUGUACGACGCGUCCGUUCGGAGAUUGCGGAUCCUCAUAUCCAGAUCCGAGCUAAGACACUUCAGCUUUCCAAUUUGCAUAAUACUACCGAGCUUCUCCAAUUCACCAUUCGCGUCCUUCGACUUUCGAGGAAACUAAGGGAUGUUAUGGCUGCGGGUGAGACUGAACUAGAGAAGAUCGAUCUGGCUAAGGCCGCUCAAUUAUACUGCGAGAUCUUGAGUUUGUGUAAUGAGAACGACUUGGCUGGAAUUGCUGUGAUUGAUGAUGAAAUGAAAUGGAUACUUGAAGCUGGACAAGUAUUAAGGAUUGAAGGAAUGAAGGUAUUAGAGAGAGGACUUGAAGGGUUGAAUCAAGCGGAAGUUGGUGCAGGUUUGCAGGUGUUUUACAAUCUGGGUGAAUUGAAGCCCACUGUUGAUGGGUUGAUUAGUAAGUAUAAGAAUCAGGGUGUUAAAAGUAUCAGUUUUGCGUUGGAUAUGAAGGCGAUAUCGGCUUCCUCUGGAGGGGGAUUUGGCCCAGGAGGGAUGCAAAGGAUUGGGACGCCACAGGUUGGUGGCGGUGCAAAGGCGAAGGAGGCACUAUGGCAGAGGAUUGGCACUUGUAUGGAUCAGUUGCAUUCGAUUAUGGUUGCUGUUUGGCAUUUGCAGAGAGUGCUUGCGAAGAAGAAAGAUCCUUUUACUCAUGUACUACUUCUUGAUGAAGUGAUGCAGGAAGGUGAUUCAGUGCUGACUGAUAGAGUUUGGGAUGCAAUUGUGAAAGCUUUUUCGAGCCAAAUGAAGUCGGUUUUUACUGCAUCAAACUUUAUGAAAGAGAUAUUUGCAGUUGGAUACCCAAAGCUUUACUCUACUAUAGAAAACAUUCUCGAUAGAAUUUCACGCGAUACUGAUGUCAAAGGAGUUCCACAAGCUAUUAGCUCAGAAGGAAAAGAGCAGAUGGUUGUUGGCAUUGAAAUGUUUGAGAGAGCAUUCCUAACUCUUUGUUUGAGUCGCCUAUCAGACCUCGUUAACAGUGUUUUCCCAUUUUCAAGCCGUGGAAGCAUUCCUUCCAAAGAACAAAUAUCUAGAAUCUUAUCGCGCAUUCAAGAAGAAAUUGAAGCUGUUCAACUCAAUGGUCGUUUGACCCUUCUUGUGCUGCGCGAGAUCAGUAAGGUUCUCCUUUUGCUUGCUCAGAGAGCGGAAUAUCAGAUUUCAACAGGUCCAGAGGCACGUCAAAUAAACGGACCUGCAACUCCAGCACAACUAAAGAACUUUACACUCUGCCAGCAUCUUCAAGAAGUACAUUCUCGAAUAUCAUCAUCGAUAAUGACAGGCCUACCCCCAAUAGCAUUGAGCAUAUUAUCUUCCUCGCUUGGCACCAUAUACGGAGUUGCUUGCGACUCAGUUACCCCAUUAUUCCAAGCCAUGGUUGACCGUCUUGAGGCAUGCAUCUUACAAAUCCACGACCAAAACUUUGGAGCAGUUGGUAUCGAUUCCGCCAUGGAUAACAACACUUCCCCUUACAUGGAAGAUCUCCAAACAUGCCUUCUUCACUUCCGUAGCGAGUUCCUAUCUCGUCUCCUUUCUUCUUCUUCUUCAACGUCUACAAUCUCUGCAGAAAACAUAUGUACAAGCCUGGUUAGGAAAACAGCCUCUAGAGUUCUUGUAUUCUUCAUCCGUCACGCUUCUCUUGUUAGACCACUAUCGGAAUCAGGCAAGCUGAGAAUGGCGAGGGACAUGGCUGAGCUGGAAUUGGCAGUUGGACAGAACCUGUUUCCAGUUGAGCAACUCGGAGCACCAUAUCGGGCACUGAGAGCUUUUCGACCAAUCAUUUUCCUUGAAACCUCUCAACUGGGAGGUUCUUCUCUUGUUCAAGAUUUGCAACCGAGUGUUCUGCUUCAUCAUCUUUACUCGCGAGGGCCAGAUGAGAUGCAAAAUCCGAUGCAGAGGAAUAAACUAACGGCGCUUCAGUACUCGCUUUGGCUGGAUUCUCAAGGGGAAGAUCAAAUAUGGAAAGGAAUCAAAGCAACUCUUGAUGAUUAUGCUGUUACUGUUAGGGCAAGAGGUGAUAAGGAAUUCAGCCCUGUUUAUCCUCUUAUGUUGCAGAUUGGUUCUUCUAUAUGACACUUUGUUUGUAACCCUAAACAUUCAGUAUCUGUUUCUGCAUAUGCUUAUUAUAAGAAGGAAUACAUAUAUUUUUUCUAUUGUAAUUUUUGCUCUUUCUCAAUGUACUCUAGGGUUAAUACAUUGUUUGAUUGUACUAGAUAUUUACAUAAAAUGAAAGAAUAUUAUUUGUA